GCCGACUGGACGAGUGCGACGUCGAAGGGGGAGAUUCCUUUAGAAAUUGAGGGGGCACUCCUAUGGGAGCUUGAGGCUGUAGCACGAGGCGACCGAGAGGGCGAGCGCUAUCGACCAAGGGAGAAGGGGAGAAACAACGUUGUUCACGCCCAGACCGCAAAGAUGAUAAAUACGCACUGA